GGAGGAAUGUUCCUUGAGUUAAGGAGCCAGGGGGGCAUCAUACAAAAGUCCUUAGCACGGAAGGUGAUGUGCUCGUUUAUUCGUGGUAGCAUAGACCAUGAGAUCGAGAACGGGGGGGAGGAGGAGGAGGAGAGUGAGGAGGAAGAUGAGGAAGAUGAGGUGGAUUGGGAGGUUGAGGAGGAGGAGGAGGAGGAAGGGCAAGAGGGGAGCCGAUACUUGAGUUUGGCAGCGAUCAAUGCGGGAGUGGGCAUCAACACUUUAUGCUUCGUGCUCAAUGCGGAAGCGCUGCUGCAGUCUUGUGCGUUGAUGGGGCGACUGAUGACCGAUACUUCUACCGCAGCUCCCGUCAGCAGCGACACUUCUUUCAUGCAGCUUGAGCAAGGGCCUCUUUUUUCGGAAACCGAGCAGCAGCACAAACUUACUCCAGAGAUGAACAAGGAGAGGAGGAAGACAAUGACUGCUUCGACAUCUGUCUGCUCACAUUCAUGGAUGGCAAGUAUUUUCAUCAUCCUCCUUAUCACUGGAAGAUUGGUGGAUGCGAAAUACAAGCCAGAUAGCAGGGAGCAAUCAACUUUGGGAAGACGCGAAGAGCGGAAGCUGAAUGCGGAGUAUGGUGUGCUGAACAUCACUGACCAAAUCCUUCUCAGGGAUCUUGGGGAUGUGCUUGCAUCUAGAACCGAUAGGUCUGCGGACACUGAGUAUCUCAUCACGGCCGUUGAUCUCUCUCUGGAUAUGAAAACUGUCUACUAUGCAGAAAAUGCUGCAAUAGUGACCAACACAUCAGAUUCCUCUAACAGGACAGUAGCAGUGUGGAAGGCAGAAUGGGUGGAGGGGCUUCAAUCGUACAAUGUUUCCCAUUUGGCUGGGGGCUGGCCUGUACUUAAUGAAGACCCCACAAAGCCUACAAAAGACUCAGAUGUGUCAGGCCUUUUGGUGCUUGAUGGUGGUUAUCUACUGGUUUCGCAAAAGCACAACGAUCGGAUCGAGAAGUUGGAAGUUUCAACGGGGAAGAGCGUGGACAAGUGGACCCUGGAGGCGCCCUUAGGCCUUGCAAAGCACCCAGCCCAGGAUGCCUUCUUUGCAUCCUCAGGUGAUCGCAUCAACAAAAUAUCGUUGACAGUGCCAUCGUUCUGGGUUAGCAUAGAUGUUAUCGCAGGUCCGGAAACCAACGUAUCAAAGGCAGGCUACGCGGACAGUGACGUGUCAACAGGGGUUAGAUUCAACGCUCCACUGAUUGGACCUCAAUCUAUUUCUCGUGACGGGAGAAAUUUGUAUGUUCUUGAUUAUUGGAAUAAUGUGGUGCGGCGUGUGAAUAUUACCUCAAGGGCUACCAAAACAAUUGCAGGAGGCAUGGAUACCAUGUUUGGCCUGGAAGGGGGGUUCAAUAGAUCAAGUCAGUGUAUUGUGACUGGGAACGGUUGCAACUUGUUUGUCGCCGGCCGUGGAAGACUCCACUGGCUGCCUCUUAACGACCCAGACGGCAACGUAUCAAGCAUCAAGAUAGUGGCAGAGCUGGUGGAGUCUAAUGGUUCCAGCGGAAAGCUCAUGGCUAUGGCCCUCACCACAGAUGAUCGUUACCUGUUCGUUGGGACGGGGGACGGCCGAAUCAUGAAACUGGAGAUAAAUGUCCCUGCCUUGCACCAGUGUAGCUUGGCUCCUCUACCUCCUGUUGAUUCUGGGAAGACCUCAGCCAGUACGAAUAUGUCACAAGUCAUGCCUCCUGCUGAUUCUGGGAAGAGUUCAACCGGUAUGAAUAUGUCACGAGUCAUGAUCUUUGUGGGUGUGGCACUGGGGUGUGCCAUUUUAUUCUUGGGCGUAGUCGUAUGCACAAUGUAUGCUAUUCGCGGGUUCAAACACAGUCCACGCAGUGCCAUUCCACCGCCCGAUACGAAAAUCACAGAGUCCUCUACAAGGACGGGGACCAGGACCAGUAUCUCUGUGAGCCUUCCGUCGAGUUCCGAUCCACUUCUCCCAACAGUCGUCCAGGAUAUCCCACUCUCUGUUAUACAAACGGCCAUAAAAAAUGGCACUUGCCUGCAUGGGAAGAGUGGUGCUUACGGUGAUGUGUACAGAGCAUCAUUGAUGGUGGGCCAGAAAAUGGUGGAUGUGGCCAUCAAGGUCAUGAAAGGCGAGUUCAACGAGAUGAAGCACAAGCAAUUCCGCGCGGAGGUAAACACACUGAGCAGUGUGCGGCACAGGCAUCUGUGCAAGCUGAUUGGUUUCUGCACCGAAGGGAAUAAGUUCAUCCUCGUGUACCCAUUCAUCUCAGGGGGUUCACUGUACGAUCGACUGCACGAGUGCAAAACAACAGCAGGAAAGGUGUUGGAAGAAAGCAAGGCCAUGGAUUCGGUCGGCAGCUGUAAUUUGCCGUUGACGUGGACAGAAAGAAUGUCGAUCGCAAGACAGAUAGCAACCUGCUUGCGUUACCUGCAUCAUGAGGCGGACCACCCGAUUCUUCAUCGUGAUGUGAAAAGCCGCAACGUGCUUGUUGAAGGGGAGGGGAAAGCGCUGCGCGCGUACUUGGCUGACUUUGGGCUAGCAAGGCCAGGGAGCUAUGGUCAUUCCGACGGAACCCCUUCUUCGGGUCAAACGACUGUGCCGACGUUGACAAGGUCCGGCACCCCAGGUUACAUGCCGCCGGAGUACAUUUACGAGUCAAAACUGACGAUGUCGAGCGAUGUCUUUGCGUUUGGGGUUGUGCUUCUGGAGCUUGUCACCGGAAUGCGCGCAGUUAUGAAGAUGAAUGAAGCUGAUUCUAUACCCCUCUACUUGUUGGUCAGGCAGAGGUGUGGCAAAGAGCUCCUGGUAGAAAAUGCGUUGAGUGUUUCCUUGAUGCCUGAGGAAUGGGCGAUGGCUGACACUAUUGUGGAACUCGCCCUGCGUUGCACAGAGGACUUCUCAUCUCAAAGGCCCGACAUGGGUCAGCAAUCUUUAAUGGAGAUUGGAUGGGGGUUUGAAGAGGGGCCGCCCCCCCACCUGGAAUUCGCGGAUCGGCCACGAUCGAAUGCGUUCAUGCGGCGCUGCUAUAAUGACCUUGAGGAGGGGCAAGGUCUUUGUGGCGACUUGGAGGAUAGACUCUACGACGACGACGACGACGAUAUCGCGAACGGCACUCGUGACAGCAGCAUCACCAUUGACGACGCGGUCGAUACCGGCAACCAUGACGACAGUAAUCAGCUCAUCUGCGUCGCCGAGGCCUGCAAAAACAACAACAACAGCAAUAACACAUUGACAGUGUCUGUGGCACAGGCCGCAAACAUCAACAACAACAACCACACGGUAGGAGGAGGAGGAGGAGGAGGAAAAGAAGAAGAAGAAGAAGAAGAAGAAGAAGAAGAAGAAGAAGAAGAAGAAGUGGAGGAGGAGGAGGAGGAGAAGAAGAAGGAGAAGAGGAUGCUGAGGAGGAGGAGGGAAAAAGAUGAAGAAGAAGAGGACGAGGAGAAGAACAAGACGAAGAGGAGGAGGAGGGAAACAGAUGAUGAGGAUGAGGAGGAGGCACCACUGUGCCGUGGGAAGACGCAGCGAGCGUCGGCAUCUAUCUCGUCACUCUUGUGGAUGACGAGUGCCUUCGUGCUUCUCCUCGUCGGUGGCACCUCGGUGGACAUGAACUGCAAGUCACCAGACAGUGGACACCACUUUGCCCUGCGAAGACACAGUGAGCGCCAGCGUCUAUCUCGUUUUGGAGAAGGGAAAAAAACGAAGAGGAGGAAGACAAUGAUCGCUCCAGCAUCUAUCUCGUCACUACUGUUGUGGAUGAAGAGUGCUCUCGUACUUCUCCUCUUCGCUGGCACCUCGGCGGGCGUGAACUGCAAGUCAGCAGAUUGCAGGCACCACUUUGCCCUGGGAAGAUCCAGCGAGCGCCGGAAACUAAAUGGCAUUGCAGAGUUGGGUGUCCUGAGCAUUACUGAUCAAAACCUUCUCAAAGAUCUUGGGGAUGUGCUGGUCUCUAGAACCGACAGAGCUUCUGACACCGCGUAUCGUAUCCACGCGGUUGAUCUCUCUCCGGAUGAGAAAACUGUCUACUACGCAGAGAAAGUUGAGACGAAGACGAAUACAACGAAUAGCGAAACGACGGCGGUGUGGAAGGCAGGAUGGGUUGAUGCUCUUCAAUCUUACAAUAUCUCCCAUUUUGCUGGACCUUGGCCAGUAAGAGAUCAAGAUGUUGGUAGGGGUCCAAACUCCUCAGAUGUAUCGGGGCUUUUGAUGCUCGAUGGUUCCAAUUUACUGGUUUCGCAGAAGCACAACGGCCGUCUCCAGAAGGUGGACGUAGCGACAGGGAGAGAGGGAGACUCGUGGGCCCUGUUGCAGCCCUUGGGACUGGCAAAGCACCCAGCCCAGGAGGCGUUCUUUGUGUCAUCCGGUGACCGCGUCAACAAAAUCUCCUUGACCGUACCGUCAUCCUGGGGUGCCAUAAAUGUUGUCGCGGGUCCGGAAACCAACAAAUCGGAGCGAGAGUACGUUGACAGCGAGGUUUCGGCAGAGGUUCGAUUCCGUGACCCAUUGAUUGGACCUCAAUCCCUUUCUCGUGAUGGGCGCAGAUUGUAUGUUCUCGACUAUUGGAACAAUGUCGUGCGGCGUGUGAACAUUCCCUCCGGGGCUACGAAAACAAUCGCCGGAAGUAGGGAUACCAUGUUUGGCCUUGAAGGGGGGUUCAACAGAGCAAGUAUGUGUAUCGUGACGAGGAAUGACUGCAAUUUGUUUGUCUCUGGCCGUGGAAGGCUCCAUUGGCUGCCUCUGGAAGAUCCGGACGGCAAUGUAACAAGCAUCAAGAUAGUCGCGGAGCUGGUGCUGUCUGAUGGUUCCCGUGGAAGCAUCAUGGCUAUGGCCCUUACCAGAGAUGAUCGUUACCUGUUUGCCGGGACAGGGGAUGGCCGGAUUAUGAAACUGGCGAUAAAUGCCUCUGCCUUGCACCAGUGUGGCUCCCCUGUUGGUUCUGCAAAGAACCUAUUAACCCGUAAAACUAUGCCGCGAGUCGUGACGAUUGUGGGUGUGUCCCUGGCAUGCAUCAUCAUCAUCUUGUGCGCUGCUGCAUGCGCAACGUAUGUCGUGCGGGGGUUCAGACACGGCUUGCACGGUGCACCCGCAGAGGGGACCACCAACACGACAAGAUCAACGGCAACCGUUGGUAUCUCGGGUGUGAGCGGUCCAUCAAGCGCUGCCGAUCCACUUCUCCCUUCGGUUAUCCGCGAGAUUCCACUCUCUACUCUGCAGGCGGCAAUUAAAAAUGGCACUCGCUUGGAUGGAAAGAGCGGCAGUUAUGGUGAUGUAUUCAAAGCCUCCUUGAUGGUGGGACCAGAAAUGAUGGACGUGGCCAUUAAGGUCAUGAAAGGGGAGUUCAGCAAGGAGAAGCACAAGCAAUUCAAGGCGGAAGUGUUCACACUCAGCAAUGUUCGGCACCGGCAUCUGUGCAAACUGCUCGGCUUCUGCACUGAGGGGAAUGCCUUCAUCCUCGUGUACCCAUUCAUCUCAGGGGGGUCACUGUACGAUCGACUUCACCCCGAGUUCCAAAACACAACUGUUACAGCAGACUCUGAGGUGUUUCAUCAAAAAGAGGGGCCCGGCUUGGACAAAGGUAGCAGUAGCGGUAGUAGCGGCAGUAGCGGUAGUAAGAUGCUUCUGCCACCGUUGACGUGGACAGAGAGGAUGUCGAUCUCGAAACAGAUAGCGACCUGCUUACGCUAUCUUCAUCGGGAAGUGGACAUGCCCAUCGUACACCGGGACGUAAAAAGCCGCAACGUACUCCUUGAAGGGCAGGGGAGUACACUGCACGCAUACCUGAGCGACUUUGGGCUAGCAAGGCCAGGGAGCUGUGAUCAUCCCGACGGAACUCCGUCGUCGGGGCAAACGACAGUCCCUACGUUGACGAGGUCCGGCACUCCAGGUUACAUGCCGCCGGAAUAUGCGUAUGAGUCAAAACUGACAAUGUCGAGCGAUGUCUUUGCAUUUGGGGUUGUGCUUCUGGAGCUCGUCACCGGAAUGCGGGCAGUUAUAAGGCUUAGCGAAGAUGAUUCUAUUCCGCUCUACAUGUUGGUCCGGAAGAGGUACGGCAAAGAGGUCCUGGUGGAAAACACAUUGAGGGUUUCCAUGACGUCUGAGGAGUGGGGAAUGGCCGACACCGUUGUCCAACUCGCCCUACGUUGCACCAACAAUUUCCCAUCACAAAGACCUCAUAUGGGUCAGGUAGUGCAGGAGAUUGAGGCAAUCUUGCAGGCAUAUCACUCAUCAGUGGGCCGAGAAGCGCCACCCGCGGGGCAUGCUUUGCCGCAUCCUCUCUGCGGGCCCUCUCCUGGGUGACCACCGGAACCGCUUUGACAGGAAGCAGUCAUCCGUGGGUCUGCUCUUUGCCCUCAAGUUUGCGGAUCGUGGCGGUAGAUAAGCAUCGCCACAAAGAGGAGGUUUAUCCUCGUUGGUUAACGGUAAGGACGUCAUCAGCUCUAUAGGAGCUUAUUAGGAAGUGACCGGCGAACUAAACCGAUGAUAUGGAAAACUGUAUACAAUAACAUGCCAUAACAUGUCAGCAUGGGCUGCUGUUAAGUGCCGAGUCUCCGUGAGAAAGAGGCCAGGCUGAUGUAGUUGAGUUGGAGAGCCAGAUCAUGAUGAUAGGUGAUCAUCUCGUACGGGUCGGAGAGGACUCCAGUAGUGCUGAGACUGAGACAAGGGUACGAGACAGCACCACAUGGGGUGCUGCAAUUCUACCCCAUUUGAGAGAAGUGGCGCACAAGAAAUCAAUGGCACAUGGCGGC